AUGAGAAUGCAGUCCCAUAAGAAGCGGCCCAACAUUGUUCCACUCGCGGCAAGCACAGAGCAAUAUCAACCACACUUCCACCCACAAGAACCUCGUGCACAUCAGUCGCAUACCUUGCAACUUUCUAGACGCCCACUAUAUGGUCAAGACGAUGAGCAUCGGCCGUAUUGGUCUGUCACCUUACCGCACCAUCCAAGGACAUACAGACUACUUUACGGUUUCGGUAGAGGAGAAUACGUCAAGGUGGUUGAAGAUUGGUUCGGUUUGAGAAUCAGGAGCACAGUUAAAGGCAAUAAUUGCAUGACCAUCUGGCCUGAGGAGUUCGAGAAGACUGGUAAUUCUUCCGAAGAGAUUCGACCUUGGGUCGACAAGUGCUAUCGAUUCCUACAAAGCUGGGCGGACGAAGUCAUUCAACGAAGAGAGAGCAAGAAGGCGGGAGACAUGUCAGCUCAGGCACCAACAAUCAAGGAGUGGCUUGAAGUCUGGGUAUUUAUGGUGGAAUGUGGACAAGAGCCAAGUGUUGCGGAACCGAUUCGAGGUCCUCUUAAAGUCUGA